AUGAAUGUUAAAGAAUGUUUGUUUGUGUCUUUGUUUUUCUUUCAUUUAAUUUACUUUACCAAAGCGAUGACGAGACAACAAUUGAAAAACUCUGGAAAGCUUAUGAAAAAGUCAUGCAUGCCCAAGAAUGAUGUAACUGAAGAUCAAGUCGGUCAAAUAGAGCAGGGGAAGUUUAUUGAAGAGCGAAAUGUCAUGUGCUAUAUAGCAUGUGUCUACACUAUGACACAAGUGAUUAAAAAUAAUAAAAUCUCAUACGAUGCAGUGAUAAAGCAAGUGGACACGAUGUUUCCACCAGAAAUGAGGGAUGCAGUCAAAGCAGCAGCUGCCAAUUGUAAAGAUAUCAGUAAAAAGUAUAAAGAUAUAUGUGAAGCGUCAUAUUGGACAGCCAAAUAUGACGAGACAGCAAUUAAAAAAACGAUGACAGUUAUGAAAAAUCAGUGCAUGCCAAAGAACGGAGUUAAUAAUGAUAAAGUAGGUAAAAUCGAGCAAGGAGUGUUUCUUGAAGAUCAUAAUGUCAUGUGUUAUAUAGCUUGUGUAUACAAAGCUGCUAUGGUGGUGAAAAACAACAGAUUGGACAAAGAUCUCAUAAUCAAGCAAAUAGAUGUGUUAUAUCCAACAGAUCUCCGGGUGCCGGCGAAAAAAGGCGUAGAAAAAUGCUUCGAUUUACAAUACAAAUAUGAUGAUGGUUGCGAAGGAAUCUUCUACUCCACAAAAUGUUUAUACGAAAGUUAUCCAGCUAGCUUCGUUUUUCCACCGUUAGCUGCGCAUGAAAUUUUAGAUGCUUUAGAAAAUGUUUCUGAUAAGAGAAGAUUAGAGAACGACUGA